AUGGACGCUACGCAAAACGCGCCCGGCUCGUUGAGCUGGCGGCUGAGCUCGCAUCCCAUUACGCUGCUCACCUUUUUGGCGUUUAGGAUAACCAGCGUCUUGAUAUAUUUCCUCGGCCUCUGGAUCAUCAAGAGCAUGAUCAUGAUCUUCAUCAUCACCAUCCUCCUCCUGGCCGCCGACUUCUACUACCUCAAGAACAUUGCCGGGCGGCGCCUCGUCGGCCUGCGCUGGUGGAACGAGGUGGACGCGCAGACGGGCGACUCGAAAUGGGUCUUUGAGAGCAGCGAUCCGGCCUCGCGCACAAUCAACCCGACCGACUCGCGCUUCUUCUGGCUCGCCCUCUACGUCCAGCCCGUCCUCUGGGUCGUCAUGGCCGUCCUGGCCCUGGUGCGCCUGCAGUUUCUGUGGCUGCCCCUCGUCGUCAUCGCUCUUGUCCUCACCGUCAUGAAUACCCUCGCCUUUUCCCGGUGCGACAAGUUCAGCCAGGCCUCCAACCUCGCCGGCAGCGCCCUUGGGACCUCCAACCUCGCCGGCAGCAUCGCCAGCAACAUGAUUGGCCGCUGGUUCUCGCGCAACUAG